AUGGCCAAUCGCCAUCCUUCCGAGGCUCCCGCCGCCGACGACUUCCUCGAGCAAAUCCUCGGCCUCCCGAACUUCGCCUCCGCCGACUCCACCCUCGCCGGAGGAACCGGCGCCUCCUCUCUCGCCGCCGCCGCAGCUGCAGCUGCUGCUUCUCCAGCGGCGCCGAUGAUGCUUCAGCUAAGCUCUGACGACGCCUCCGCCGCGUACCUCGUCGGCGCCACCGCAGGUGGUGGUUUCCACCCGUCGCCGGUGUACGAGCUUGGGCUGAGCCUGGAGCAAGGGAAUGGAGGAGGGUUCUUGAAGCCUGAGGAUGCUUCUGGAAGUGGAAAACGGUUUCGUGACGACGUUGUUGAUGGAAGAGUUAAGAAUGUAACAAUCUACUUUUAUUCUUUUUUGUUAACUCACUUAAUCUUCUCCUUCAUUGCUUCCGCAAUUGUGUUGUUGAUUCAAGCCAUCAAAGUACCCAGUGAGGCCAUUCAUGGAGGAUUUCAACUAGUAGCCGAGGCGUUAAGGGCGUGUUUGGAUGUUAUGUUUCAGCUUAUAAUUGAAGGAAUAAGCUUGCUUUUGUCUUCACUCCUUGAUGCUAUUAAAGAAAGCAUCAAAGGUUCAAUGAGUGCUACUGGGUCAGCAAUUGGGGAAGUUGCAGAGAAAUUGAAGACUUCAAUUGAAGAAGGUUUGCAGAAUUUGCCAGAACUAAUUGAGGAACUCGCAGAUUUUGUAUCAAAGGUGAUACAAGAAUUGUGGAACAACUAUGUGGAUUCUGUGGCACAAGUACUGGAGAAUAAUGGUUGA